AUGGAAGAUGUACUCGAAUCACUCCACCAACCAUCCAGUCCUCAAAACCCCACGACCUGUCCAGAUAACCGAAUACCUUACCUUGUCAGAAAAUGCAUUGCCCUUUUGCAAAAUUGUGCCUCUUCCAAGUUCAAACUGAAACAAAUCCACGCCUUUUCUAUCAGACAUGGCAUCCCACUGACCAACUUAGACAUGGGCAAGCACCUUAUAUACGCUGCUGUUUCCCUUUCAGUUCCUAUGAACUAUGCACACAACAUUUUUACCAACAUCCAAAGCCCAAAUGUUUUCACAUGGAAUACUAUGAUUAGGGGCUAUGCUGAGAGUGAAAAUCCAAAACCAGCAAUUGAAUUGUACAACCACAUGGAACUGAAACCUGACACGCACACGUUUCCUUUUCUUUUGAAGGCUGUGUCUAAGGUGGUCAAUGUUAGAGCUGGUGAGAAGAUACAUUCCCAUGUUACAAAAAAUGGGUUUGAAUCAUUGUUGUUCGUUCAAAACAGUUUGCUACACAUGUACGCUGCCUGUGGCCGAUACGAGAGUGCAUACAACAUAUUUGAAUUUAUGCCUGAGAAGGAUAUUGUGGCUUGGAAUUCUGUGAUUAAUGGGUUUGCUCUUAAUGGGAAACCCAAUGAAGCUUUAACACUGUAUAAGAAAAUGGUUUCGGAAGGUGUUGAGCCAGACGGAUUCACUAUGGUUAGUCUGCUGUCUGCCUGUGCCGAGCUUGCUGCUUUGGCUUUGGGCAGGAGGGCUUAUGUGUAUAUGGUGAAAGUUGGUUUAAACACGAAUUUGCAUUCUAGUAAUGCCCUUUUGGACCUUUAUGCAAAGUGCGGAACCAUUAGUGAAGCGCACAAGAUUUUCGAUGAGAUGGGAACUAGGAGGAAUGCGGUUUCUUGGACUUCUCUGAUUGUUGGAUUGGCUGUUAAUGGGUUCGGUAAAGAAGCGCUUGAUCAUUUCAAGGAGAUGGAGAGAGAGGAAUUGGUGCCUAGUGAGAUCACUUUUGUGGGGGUCUUGUAUGCCUGUAGUCAUUGCGGUAUGGUUAAUGAGGGGUUUCACUACUUCAGAAGGAUGAAGGAGGAAUAUGAGAUUGUGCCUAUAAUGGAACACCAUGGUUGCAUGGUUGAUUUGUUAGGUAGAGCAGGCUUGGUGAAAGAAGCAUAUGAAUAUAUUCAGGAUAUGCCACUGCAGCCUAAUGCUGUUAUUUGGAGGACCUUAUUAGGGGCUUGCACAAUACAUGGGCAUUUAGGUUUAGGAGCAUUUGCAAGAGCCCAGCUACUACACUUGGAGCCUAAAGAGAGUGGAGAUUAUGUGCUCCUCUCCAAUCUGUAUGCAUCGGAGCAACGGUGGUCAGAUGUGCAUGAGGUGAGAAGGAGGAUGCUUAAUGAAGGAGUGAGAAAAACUCCAGGGCAUAGCCUUGUAGAGUUGGGAAAUCAAGUUCAUGAAUUUGUUAUGGGUGAUAAGACUCAUCCUCAAAGUAAGGCAAUAUAUGAAAUGCUGGUGGAGAUAGCAAAGAAGUUGAGAUUGGCAGGUUACGUGCCUCAGACGGCAAAUGUGCUUGCGGACAUCGAAGAGGAAGAAAAGGAAAGUGCUCUGUUUUAUCACAGCGAGAAGAUUGCAAUUGCUUUUAUGCUCGUUAAUACACUGCCAGGGACCCCAAUUAGGAUCAUUAAGAAUUUAAGAGUAUGUGCAGAUUGUCAUUUGGCAAUUAAACUAAUAUCAAAGGUUUUCGAAAGAGAGAUUGUUGUAAGGGACUGUAGCCGGUUUCACCAUUUUAGAGAUGGUUAUUGUUCUUGUAAGGAUUACUGGUGA